UCCCACCCUGACCAGACAGUAUAAACACAGGGCAAUGCCCUGAAGAAGUCAGUUGGAGUCUCCAGGGAUCAGGGUUCCAGGCACCCAGGAUCUACAGCAAGGACAAGACACCACUGAUUGCAGGAAUGUGUUCCCUCCCCAUGGCAAGAUACUACACAAUUAAAUACGCAGACCAGAAGGUUCUAUAUACAAGAGACAGCCAGCUCCUGGUGGGAGAUCCCGUUGCAGACAACUGCUGUGCAGAGAAGAUCUGCAUACUUCCUAACAGAGGCCUGGACCGCACCAAGGUCCCCAUCUUCCUGGGGAUCCAGGGAGGGAGCCGCUGCCUGGCAUGUGUGGAGACAGGAGAGGAGCCUUCCCUACAGCUGGAGGAUGUGAACAUUGAGGAACUAUACAAAGGUGGUGAAGAGGCCACACGCUUCACUUUCUUCCAGAGCAGCUCAGGCUCCGCCUUCAGGCUUGAGGCUGCUGCCUGGCCUGGCUGGUUCCUCUGUGGCCCAGCAGAGUCCCAGCAGCCAGUACAGCUCACCAAGGAGAGUGAGCCCUCGGCCCGUACUGAGUUCUACUUUGAACAGAGCCGGUAGGAAGACAGGAGGCUGAGUUUCAGCCUGGUGCGCCCAACUCAAGCUCAUCCUGCUCAGGGUCUAUGGUAGGCAGAAUAAUGUCCCCCUGAAGACAUCUACACUGUAAUCUUAAGAUCUGUGUGUAUGUUACCGUACAUGGCCAAAGGGACUUUGCAAAUGUGAUUAUGUUAAGGAUCUUGAGAUGAGGAGACCAUCCUGGGUUAUCCAGGUGGGCUUAGUAUAAUCACAAGGGUCCUUGUGAGAAUGAAGCAGGAGGGGAGAUUCAGAAACUGGAAGAAACCGUGCUUUUAAUUUUGAAGAUGGAGUCAGGGGCCUUGAGCCAACAAAUGCAGGGGUUUUUAGAAACUGGAAAAGCCAAGGGAAUGAACUGUCCUCUAGGGGCUCCAGAAGGAGCACAGCUCUGCUGACACCUGGAUUUCAGCCCAGUGACAACCAUUUCAGACUUCUGAUCUCUACAACUGUAAAAUAAUAAACUUCUGUUUUGUAAACCACUAA